ACCACGCCCCCUAAGCCCGCCUCCCGCCACCUACUCCUCACGCUUGUGGGCGAGACCAAGUAUGAAGGAUGGCGGGGGAGGUACACGCCCAGAGGACGCAAACUGCGCCCGCAGCCUGUGCUUGCCGGCGGGGCGCUGCCACCCCUUCUGCGGCUCCUGAAUGGGACGUGGGGGCGUGUCCAGCCUCGACUAGCCACACUUCGAGCUGAAGGCGGGAAAAUGGCGGAUUCUUCAGGGCGCGGCGGCGGGAAGCCGUCAGCAGCUGGUUCCAAUACCCCCAGUGGCACCAAAUCAAAAGGAAAAAGAGUACAAGGUGGAAGAAUGGUUGAACCCAGAUAUUUGCAGUAUGAGAAGAAAACAUCCAAAAAGGUAAGGGGUGUUGCCUCGAGGGUGUGGCCUACAUCCAGUAUAUAUGGACGUUCUGGCAAAGCUUACUCACUUUGGAUCCUGCAUCUGACUUGUCAUCCUCUGACCUCUGGUUCAUGGGAUGUGACCCAGCAGCCUUGGCUCACCAGCCCCUGCAAUCAUAUUCCUGCAGCAGAUGCAUUAAAAGCCAGUGGGAAAGUGCUGGAAGGUGGAAAGAAACCCAACCUGCUCCAGAAAAGCAAAGGUGCUUCAGAUUCGAAUGGAGUUGGCAAGAGUGACCUACAGUCCACCAUGCUGGAAGGACACAGGACGGCCCCGCCAGACCUGGAUCUUUCUGCCAUCAAUGAUAAAAGUAUGAUCAAAAAGACUCCACAGUUGGAAAAAACAAUGUCACAGAAAAAUGAUUCAAGUUCAUUUUCUUCCUUGCGGAAAAAGAGCCCAGAUUUACCCGAAUCGAUGGACAUGAUGGAGUCGCAGACGUUGCUCCUCACACUGCUGGCCGUCAAGAUGGAGAACGGCCUCACCCGGCUGGAGGACAAGGCAGAAAACAAUCUGUUGACCAUGUGUCGAGAGCAGGAGAAGCUCCAGAAGAAGGUGCAGGAGCUGAGGCGCAGACAGCUGCUUGGGCAGAGGACAAAGGAGCUGGUGGGCACGCUGAACACGCAGGCUGAGCUGCUCAGCCCCUUCGAGGCGGUGGCCGGAAGCUUUAAGGAGCAGUACAAGACCUUCGCAAUAGCCCUCGACUCCACGCGGCAUGAGCUGCCUGUGACAGCAAUCCACCUGGAAGGUGGCAGCCAGCGGUUCCUGGAUGACCUUCAGAAGGAGCUGGCCACCACACGCCAUCUGCUGGGUGAACUUGGGGCCAACCACUCGGAGGAGAGUGUGAAGGUGCUGGACUUCCUGAGUGAACUCAAGGACGUUACUGCGAAGAAGGACUUGGAGCUCCAAAGGAGCUUCGCCCAGGUGUUGGAACUUUCCGCAGAAGUGAGCAAAGAGGCUGCCUUAAUUAACCAGGAUGCCUGGGAAGAGGCCCAGGGCCCUGUGGCCCUGAGCCAGUGGUACUUCUACCGCGAGGGUGCUGGCGGGGAGCUCCAUGGAGGAGACCCUCAGAACAGGCCCCUUCCAGUCAACAAUGAGCCAUGUGCACCAUGACCUCACACGCUAGGUAGCGGUGCCAACCCAGGGGUUGCUGGGAAGACGGCAUCCUGUGCCGGUCACCUGGGGAGAUUAAUGAAGUUGUCUAGCAAACUCGAGCACUUUAUCCACUUGUCAUAGCUACUUUUGUAUGAUUGUUUUGUUGUAUAUUUAAAAAUAAAGCUGUUUUGUAAUUGCA